AUGUCUCCAACGUCUUAUUCCUGGUAUGUCUCACAACAAGAAAUAAUGCUUAUUUUGAAGAAACAGCGACCAAGCUUUUAUCCAAGUUCAUUCUGUGGUCCAUGCGAAGUAUGUGGAAAACAAAAUUCCAAAUUGCUUUACAAACCCGACGUCUGCCGAUGCUCCACCAAUUGUCCCAACCGUCAACUUCAGCGAGGACGAAACAAAGCGUUCGUCGUCUACCAUGAGGAUAACCUUCGAGGAUUCGGACUCCGCGCCGCCAUAAAAGACAUCAAGAUUGGCGAGACAGUCACAAUUUCCUAUUGGGAGAAGGACAAACUGUAG